UUUUGACCUCCUACGACGCGGAUGAAUUCUUCCUCUCCAGAACCACACUCAGUACGAAUCACUAGCGGCGGAAAGAUCAAAUCAUGGGUCAAAUUUGCUCUGGAAUUCUUUGAGAAAGAAGAAAAUUCAAACAAACCUCUCGUUUUCCAUACUUUACCUUCGACAACGAGCUCCAGUGAACAAGAUCCGUCCGCUUCAAAUCCGCCAGUCAAUACCUCCAACGUUGUGAACACUAUACCUCGCCUAGUGUCCGUGGUUGAAAUCAUCAAACGAGAAUACAUAAAGCUCCUCGAACUGAAGCAUUCUACUCGAUUAAUCGGACUACACCAGUACAAUCAAAUUGGCAUACUUGAAGAUCUGGGAAUCAUUGAAGCCUCGCCUGCUGAAGGGACUGAAGAUAUGCAACGACAACUGGAAUUGAGCAUGGCUUUAGAAGGGAAGAACUUUCCAAAACAGAAACAGACACCGUACAUGAAGAUCACGCUCUGUUGCAGCGAAGUCCCGGAAUUUGUGGCCAACGGCGCGACCUACCAACCUCCCACGAAGCGGCGGUUAUCGAAAUCCGCCAAGGCAAGGGCGAAAAAACGUCAAAAAAAGGAUGGGGAACGAAGCAAAACUGUUCCUGAACAGACCGAGGCUACUUGAACGCUGGGGAGACCCAUUUCUGGAGGAGGAAUAUAUGCGUUGUAGUUCAAGCCGUUUCCAUCGUCUUGAAUGAGAAUGAUUGUACAAUAUAAUAAAAAUCAACUUACGUCGAGAUGACAGAAGGCCAUCUGCCCCAAAAGGUUACUGUCAUUGACCCUGAAGUCGGAAAAACGGGG